AUGGCCACCAACAACCUUUCUGAUGUCGCUGCUUCUGAUCCAACAAUGCCAGACAAUAUCACCCUGCGCAUAAUCAUUCUGGCUCAUGGCAACCGUGCCGAAGACGAUCUCUACCUCGUUCUGAACCUCGAUACGACUAUAGCUCAGUUGAAGCAAAGAAUUCAAGAGACGCUAUCGCAGCAUCCUGUGCCAGACGUGCAGCGGCUGAUCUACCAGGGAAGACCUCUGCUGGAGGACAAUAUACCUCUGCGUCAGAUCCUGAGAAUUGAUCCAAGAGCUGGGAAUGCAAACUCGUCGCAUGUAGUCCACUUGGUCGUGAGGCAGCCGGCUGGUGGUGACGUCCCUCCCACAAUCAUGUCGCAAGCUGCGACUCUGCCUCAACGACCACCACCUGUUCCUGGUUGGCAGCAACCACAUAUACAAUUGCCCUCGAAUUUUGUGGUUCAGCCUGACCAUGCGCGGAUACACACUCAGCUGCACAACAUGCAGCAUCACGCCCACCACGCCCGUGCCCUGGCCAACGCUCAUGGAUUGCAACAUCAAGUUGCACCAGGAUUCAUGCCUCAGCUGCCAGCGUUGAAUGCUCAACCUACCACGACCUCCUCGAUUCCGGGAGCAGACAGUACCCUUCAACCAGGACGAGUUGCCGCGCGUGUUGAAGAGACUAUCGGCCCGAAUGGAGAGCGCAUUGUUGAGAGGGUGAUCGAUCAAAUGGGCCCGAAUGGAGCAAUUACACGUACCAGGUUACGGGAAACCACCAACAUUCACUCGUCCACAACUCUAAACACACUCAAUCCCAACGUCAGGCCAUCUUCUGCGCCUGGCUCAUCCCCUGCUGUAGACUCGGAUCCCACACGUCGUGCCGCCAACCACCCUCCUCUUCUUCAUCCUCAGCCUCCACAAAUACCCCUUCCUGCUGUUUUUCCUUUCCACCAGCAGCUACCACUGCCUCUACCCACCAUGGUCCCACUACACAUGCACCAUUCGCCGAUUGCGAAUUCCUCUCACAGACAGCCUAUGGCGUGGUUACUUUCAUCGCCACAGGGUCCUCAGGGCCUAGUCUUCGCGCCGGGCCACGGCCUCUUUUCCUCAACACUUCCUCAGCAAGGACAGGCAACUCAGCUUGCACCGACCCCAACCGUGCCUCUUGUCAGACCACAUCCUACAUCUUCGGCUAUACAGCCUCAAGCACAGCUCGUUAUUCGUCCCGACGAUGGUGUUGCAGAAAUCCGCAGAACUGUAGGUCCACCACCACCACCUCAACCUGGCGCUAGACCACCUCCGCCAGGAGGACUGAUACCCCAGCCCCAACCAGCUGCGGCUCCUCAAAAUCGCCAAGCACACCAGCACAGACACAAUCAAAAUGAUGUGCUGGCCUUUGCAUUAGAGCGAACUUGGCUAUUCAUACGACUUUAUGUCUUCGUUUUCGUUCUUUCCGAGUAUGGUACCUGGCGACGCAUAAUCAUGCUCACCGCAGCAAUUGUUUUUUGCCUUCUGCCGCAGAACAACCCAUUCAGUAGUGCCUUUCAGAUUGCACGUCGCCAUUUUGACAAUUUAAUUGGUCCACCAAAUAUCCCCCAACGACAGGCUCAAGAGCAGGGUCAAGCACAACAAGGUCAAAUUCAGCCUCAGGUUCCAGGUCAGAAUGGACAGACUGACCAGGCUCAAACGAGCAAUUCGUCAGCCUCUCGAAGCCGUGCUGCACAAAUGCCUACACCUGAAGAAGCAGCUAGACGGCUGCUAGAGCAACAGAACCGUCGCAACCCAAACCCAGUCAUCAAUUUGCUCUUUCGGAUUGAGCAGGGUGUCGCCCUUUUUCUCGCUAGCUUGGUACCUGGUCUUGGUGAGCGACAUAUUCAAGCUCGAGAACAAGCGAGACGAAUUCUGGAGGAAGAAGAGCGAAGGAAUAGGGAGGAAAGCGAGCGACAGCAGCAAAUGUCACAGGAAACCCCUGCAGCCACAAACGAUGGCCAGUCUGGCAAGGACAACACAAGCUCUGCUCCAUUGCCUGAGUCGUGGGCUACAUCAGAGCCAACUCCAAGCACGACUGCAAGCUCAAGUGGUGUCGACAGGAAUGUUGGCGAUGACACCGGUGUACGAUUACGAGGCUCUGGGGCGCCCACUCAUUAUCGCGAAAUGCUGUUCCCUGGCCUGGGUCUUCUCCUGCUUGUAUCCUCGUUGUCCUCAGCAACCACACUUCUUAUUUCAUCCUAUGCUGGGACAGUCACCUCCUUGUCACUGGAAGAGAGUGGUGGAAAUUAUACUCUCAGCGAGGUUGCUGUCAGUGGUGAUUGCGGACCAAAUCCUUCCUGGUUAACCCUCGAUGCAAACCGUGGCCAGCUUUUCUGCCUCAAUGAAGGCCUCAAUACUGUGAAUGGCUCACUGAGCUCAUACACGAUUAGCUCCAACGGUAGCCUAACACACAUUCAGAAUACUACUACAAUCUCUGGUCCGGUCAGUGGUGUUAUCUACGGCGAGCCAGCUGGACAAAGGGCUAUUGCUCUAGCACAUUAUACGGGCUCAGCGGUGAGUUCAUGGUACCUUGACGGAUUUGGAAAGCUCAGCUUCAAUCAAAAUUUGGUGUUCAGUCUCAACGAGACCGGACCCGUUGCUGACAGACAGGAUUCGCCUCAUGCACACGAGGCAAUCCUUGACCCUACUGGUCAAUACGUUCUCGUGCCUGAUCUUGGAGCGGACCUCGUGCGAGUCUUCUCUUUCGGCGAAGAUCUCCAGCUCGACGAAUUAUCGCCUUUACGGACGACGCCAGGCGAUGGACCAAGACACGCAGCAUUCUACAAUCCGUACGGGGUGGCUUGUGAGUCUUGUACAACAUUUCUGUAUGUGGUCAACGAGCUUGCUUCAACAAUUACAGGCUAUGCAGUAACUUAUGAGCUGGACGGCUCUGGACUCAGUUUUGUGCGGGUGUACAACAGCAGCACAUACGGCUACCUGGCUACACCUGAGGGCAACGCGCCUUCAGAGAUACUUGUCUCACCAGAUAAUCGCUUCCUGGUUGUCGGCAACAGGAACGAUUCGUCCUUGCCGGUACCCAAUCGAAAUCCCAACAACUCAACCAACAUCGAUUCGGACACCAUCUCGACAUUUGCACUCAACCGCGAUGGUAGCCUUAGUUUUGUACAGCUUGCUCCAGCUUACGGUAGUUAUCCUAGGCAUUUCAGCACGAACGCAAUCGGCAAUCUUGUCGGGGUGGGUUUACAACACUCCGGUGAAGUGGUAGUGUUAGAAAGGAAUGUCGCAACUGGAUUGAUAGGCCCACCUGUUGCUCGAUUUCAUAUUGAUGGGCAAAUCACCUGCGUGUUGUUCAACGAGCAGUACGGUCUGGGUCGGCUCGGAGCAUAA